AUGAUUCAGUAUUUGGAACUCAUAGAAAGCAAGGUUACUCUAGUGAGUAAUUCUCUCUUACUUAUCAUCGUUGUCCCACUUUUAUUGGUGGGUAUAAUGGACGCGAUGACUUACAUAGUAAGCGUCAGCUUAAACUACACAUUGAAAAGUGCCGCAAGCGGUAAAAGUUCGAAACUGAUGUUAUUAGAAAACGAUAAAUACUUCAAGGCUUUGAAGGAGUUCAAGAUCAAGUCGAUCCACUGGUCGAUCAAAUUUUUUGAAGAUAAGCAAUUGGAUAUGGCCAGAAACUUUCAUCAAAUGUUCAUUUCAAGAUUAGUCAAGGUGCGGAAGGAGGAUUGA